AUGGCAACUGUGCCCGUGAAUCCCAAGCCCUUUUUGAACGACCUGACCGGGAAACUCGUGCUUACGAAGCUGAAGUGGGGCAUGGAGUACAAGGGCACAUUGAAGUACGCCUUGUGCCGAGUUGCCAUUUGUCUUUGUCCCAGGAACCCCGAGAUGAAGCCGCUAGACGUUAGCCAGGGUGAUAUUGGCAGCGGAGCAUCUGAGCAUCUAUCUGGUGCUUCACCGCAGCUGUCCACGGUUCAGUCCACAUGGGGUCCGCGCGAGACUGUGACACACCGUGAGCAGCUGAGCGAAGCUGAAGGUAGCAUGGCGCCACCGUUUCGCGCUGUGCUGGCAGUAACACUGCUGGGUGCGGUUUUUGGGCAAGAGACCAAGAAACCCAUUGUGACCACUGACCUCAUACAUGGAACGGGUGAGCUUCUCUAUGACAUCUACAGUGCAGUUUACAACAAGCUGCUGGUGCAUCAUGUAGAGAAGCACAGCAAGACCGUGAGGGAGGCGAUAACGCCAAUGAUUCCAGAGGAUCCCAUGGCUGAGAUCUGCAGCAAGGUCGGAGUAGACAAGCAGCAGCUCCUGAAGCACAUGGACUCUGCUGCCUCCCUGGCAAGCAGCGCCAGCGAACAAGCGCAGGCACAUGGCUCCAGAGUCUAUCAGAUGCUGUCCCAAGUGACCACUGCGAUCAUUGACGGCUUCGAGCCACUGGGCAUUGCUGGGAAGGGACUUCAUCGGCGAAUACUGCCAAGCCAUCGCGGGGUCAUCAAGCGCAGUCCGGGAGAUCUGCUGAUGUUCUGCUUCUGGGUGGUGGCUGUACUCUACGUCACUUUGAAGGUGGGCAUUUUCUUUGCCAAGAUUGCAUGGGCCAUGUUCAUCUUCAGCCUGAAGUGGCUCUGCUGCUGCGGCUGUUGUGGCUUGUUGGGGUCCCGCAAGAGUCCUCCAGGCAAAAAGAUCAGGUGAAGCUGCCAGCUGCGAGCUGUCUGUAACAUUACUUCGUGCUGCAGGGCAAUCCAGUGGUCAGCCCGUGAAACACGGGUCAGCGCAGCAACGUGGACACCACGGCUGAGGGUAAAAGACCGAACGGCAG